AUGCUAUACAGGAGAGUACUUUUAGGACUAGGAGCAGCAGGCGUAGGAACUACUUCCUAUUUUUUACUCCCCCCCCCCCCCCGUGAGCGAACAAAAAAAUUUUGUUCGCUCACGGAGGGGGGUUAAUUUUUUUUUUAAAAAAAAAUUUAUAUAUAAAUUUUAUAAAAAAAAUAUUUUUUUCGAAAUUUAAAAAAAUCCUAAUUUGCAAAAAUUGGGAAGCAAAUAUUAAUUUAAUUUGCAAAAUUUAUAUUUUAAAACGCAAUUUGUUUUAAAAUUAAACAGAAUUAGCUCUAGAUUUCAUUAUACUAAUUAUCACUUAUAUAUCAAAAUUUUUUUUCCAUUAAAAAUUUUUUUCUAUUAAAAAAAUUUUUGUUCACUCACGGAGGGUGGGUUUUUGGUCAAAAAAUGGCGAUUUUUCUAAUGGUUUUGUUCGCUCACGGAGGGGGGGGGGAGUUAGAUAAAAGCCCAUUGACAGGAAAGCGACGCUUAAUUUUGUGGGGAGAAAAUGUUGAUAUUUAUAUUGGACAAAUCACAAGCGAAAACCUUCAUACUCAAUAUAAGGAGCGAAUUUUAUAUGAAAGCUCAAUAGAGCAUCAAUUAGUUAAAUACUUAUCUCACUCUAUUGUGCAAGAAAUCCCAAUAAAGCGCGACUGAAAUGUAACGGUUAUAGACGAUCCAUCUGUAAACGCAUUUGUCACGCCCGAUGGCUCAAUUUUUGUAUUUAAAGGUUUACUAGAUAUAGUCGAUUCCAUAGACGAAUUAGGCUUUAUUUUAGCUCAUGAGUGUUCUCAUGUUUAUCUAAGACACUCGGCAAAUCAGCUAUCAACCCGAGGAAUUUUAUCAGUAAUUGUAAUGCUUUUCCAACUUUGACUUUUUGGCGAUAUCUACAAUACCUCAAUGGCAGAAAAUUUACUUAUAAUUUUACCUAUGAGCAGGAAAUGUGAGCUUGAAGCUGAUAAAUAUGCGCUUAUUUUGGAAUCAAAGCUAGGACUACGACUAGAAGGAGCUUCUUCUAUGAUGUCGAAGCUGAAAAAAUAUGAAUUAAGAACAGAACUCCUAUCAACACAUCCUUUAUCAGAUCAUAGAGUUAAAGAAAUAAUAGCAACUACAAUGAAAUUGAAAGACGAAACAACUCCACAUGAUUAUGAAGUGCUGAGACUGAAAAUUGCAGUUGCUACUAAAUUAUUUGAAAAAUAUGAAAAAAUAAGGAAUAAAAGAUAA